AUGAAACUAUUGCCGACGAUUCAGUUGCCGCAACUACCGCCGGUCUCAGCCGCUGGCGGCAUGACGGGAAUGGAUUCCCGUCUCCCACCAGGGAUAUCCUUACCUUUCAGUCCCACGGAUUUAUUAUGGCGAUAUCCGACCAUGAGUUUUUCCUCCCACCCACCUCAAAGUCCUCUACUGGACUUUAAAACUCAUUUGCCAUCAAGUUUAGCUUCAGACCCAAGAGUGUGGUCGCGAGAUGACGUCGCGACAUUUUUACGAUGGGCUGAACGUGAAUUUGACUUGCCGCAGUUUGACAUGGACAUGUUUCAAAUGAAUGGAAAAGCCCUGUGUCUGUUAACAAAGUCAGAUUUGGGAGAGAGAUGUCCAGGUGCUGGAGAUGUUCUUCAUAAUGUUCUCGGGAUGCUAGCAAGAGAUUUCAAUCAAUUACAACGAUGUCUUCCAAGUAGUCCUGUUACGCCCACGAGACAUUCGGCAUAUCCUUUGAGUCCUCACUCACAUCCGCCGACGCCAACGUGGGCAGAAAAUCAUUAUGCUGCAGCCAACCUUGCCUCACUUAUGUCUGCCAAUUCAGUUACACUCUCACCGGCGCCAUCAGUUGAUAGUCAAGCGGGAUCCCCCGGUCAUACUGAGAGUAAUCAAAUUCAAGUGUAUAGAAGUGAUUCGGAUGAGGAUAAUCAUCAGAGUAGCAGUAGUCCACCAGCAACACCGACCGCUCUCACGGCUCAGAGACUCAGCGAAGUUUGCGUCAAGGACCAACCCAGUCCCACAUUGCCACCUCAAUUAAUGCCACUCACGCCUGGAGGAUUUCGACCUGCUUCUACUGCUCGAGAGUUUUUUCCCAGCGACUCACCUGAACCUAAUACGAAUGGUAGACUUCUUUGGGAUUUUUUACAACAGCUAUUAAACGAUCCAUCACAGAGAUACACCCAUUACAUUGCGUGGAAAAGUCAAGAAACUGGAGUUUUUAAAAUAGUUGAUCCGCCAGGUCUUGCACGGCUUUGGGGGAUACAAAAAAAUCAUUUGUCUAUGAAUUACGAUAAAAUGAGCAGAGCAUUGCGUUAUUAUUAUCGUGUUAAUAUACUUAGGAAAGUUCAAGGCGAACGUCACUGCUAUCAAUUUCUUCGUAAUCCUACGGAAUUGAAAAAUAUUAAAAAUAUAUCAUUAUUACGGCAACAAAUGCGAAUAAAAUCAGAACCGGAAGAAGAAAGUCCUACUUCCAUAAAUGGUAUAGAACCGGAAGUAGACAUGCCAACUGAUCUCUCAAUGUCAAGUAUGAAUCAACCUUCUUGCGAACAGCCUCUUCCUCUCCUUGAUCCACCUGCCAAGUAUCGCAGUCAUGCAUACAAUCUUGCUAAAACUAAUCAAGAACCGGAGGAGAGGAAGUGA